GCGUUCCAGUGGAGGUUAUUUCGAGGGGCUUGUGUUGUCAGCUGUUGUCUUGAGUCUUGUUGGACCCUCCUCAUGUCUCUCUGUCACUCUGAUAAAACUGUGGACUGGCUGGUUCAUUGUCCUCCUUUUCUAUUCAAACCUGAACAGACACGUGUAGGAAGAUGAUGGAGGGUAGUGACCAGACCUCUGAGAGCGCCAAUGAACAAGUCGAUGGCAGCGAGGAGCAGUUAGUGGACCCCAUGGAGGACUUCAGCAGGCAGCUAGAGGAUAUAAUCAACACAUAUGGAGCAGCAUCCAGUCUGAUGCAGGAGCAGAUCUCUAUCCUGGAGUCUGAGGAGAAAAAGCAAGAGGAGGCGAAGGCUGAUGAAGAGGCAGGGCCCAAAGAAGCUGCUGCCAGCCCAGAGAAGGAGCAGAAAGCUGAUAAGAAACUCCUCAAGGGCCUGGGUAAAGAGGCCGCAUCCUUAUUGCAAAGUCUAAACAAGCUCGGCUCACCAGAAGAGAAAGUGGAAAUAGUGUUGAAGAAAUACACUGAGCUGGUGGAGGAACACAGGACUGAGAAGAAACAGCUAGAGCAGCUUCAGCAGAAACAGGGACUUCUGGUCAAGCAGAGAGAUCAGCUUCAGUUCGAGCACAGUCGUGCCAUCCUGGCCCGCAGCAAGCUUGAGAUGCUCUGCAGGGAGCUUCAGAGACAUAACAGGACACUGAAGGAGGAAAGUCUGCAAAGGAUGCGGGAGGAUGAAAUGAAGCGGAAGGAGAUCACCGCUCAUUUCCAGAGCACGCUGGUGGACAUUCAGAGUCAGAUCGAGCAGCACAGUAACCGCAACAACAAGCUGUGCCAAGAGAACAGCGAGCUGGCCAGCAAACUCAAGACCAUCAUAGAGCAGUAUGAGCGGAGAGAGGAGACUUUAGAGAAGAUCUUCAAACACAGAGAUCUACAGCAGAAAGUGUCUGAUGCCAAGCUAGAAGAAGCCAACAUGCUCCUCGCUCAAGCUGAAGAGAAGCACAAGAGAGAGAAAGAAUAUUUACUCACUCAGGCUGCAGAGUGGAAACUACAGGCUAAAGAGCUGAAAGAGCAGCACACAGUCAUGCAGGCCCAGCUUGUGUUGUACUCCCAGAAGUUUGAUGAGUUCCAGAACACACUAGCGAAAAGCAAUGAGAUUUACGUCACUUUCAAACAGGAGAUGGAUAAGAUGACAAAGAAGAUGAAGAAGCUGGACAAGGAGUCAAACACAUGGAAGACGCGGUUUGAAAGCUGCAACAAAGCUCUUGUUGAAAUGAUUGAGGAGAGAUCAGAAAAGGCCAAGGAGUUUGAGCUGUUCACUUUAAAAAUCGACCGCCUGGAGACUCUGUGCCGAGCCCUGCAGGAUGAAAGAAAAGGUUUGUACAACAAGAUUAAAGAAAUACGGCAUUUAGAAAAGGAGACCUUGGCACCUGCGGUGGACAUUCCCCAAGUAGAUGAGCUUCUAGAGCUUGUUCAACUUCCUAUCCCGGCUCCCAACCCCAUGUUGACCGCAGAGAUGGAGAGGCUGCGAGUGGAACAGACCCGCCUGCAGGAUUUUGCAGCCUCCUUGGUGAGUCCCAUAACAGAUGAUGCUGGAGAAUCAGAUAGUGAGGAAGAGGAGUCAGCACAAGAGAUUCCAGUGAUCACAGAGGCUCCCCAACUUGAGUCCAUCAAACCAUUGGAUAAACUGGAAUCAACACAAGAGGAACCCUCUGCUGCAGAAGAAAACAAACCUGAGGUUGUUACUGUAAAUGAAGAGAAGCCAUUAGAGCCAACAAAUCCUGAACCCGCCAAACCUGAGAUGGAAUCCAAACUUCCUCAAGAGCCUCUACAACCAGAGAUCACAGAAAAACAGACAGGAAAACAAAAGUCUGCCAAAGAGGAACCAAGCCAGGAAGAGGUGACAAAAGCAGAAGAGACGGUCGAACAGGAAUCCACUCAGCCAGAGCCUGUCAUGAAAAAAGAAGACAAAGAUGAAGCUGUUAAACCUGAGAUUCCUGAACCAGAGCCGCCCAAACAAGAGCCCCUCAAAGAGGAGCACGAUCAGAAAGAUGAAGCUGUUAAACCUCAGAUUCCUGAACCAGAGCCGCCCAAACAAGAGCCCCUCAAAGAGGAGCAUGAUCAGAAAGAUGAAGCUGUUAAACCUCAGAUUCCUGAACCAGAGCCGCCUAAACAAGAGCCCCUCAAAGAGGAGCACGAUCAGAAAGAUGAAGCUGUUAAACCUCAGAUUCCUGAACCAGAGCCGCCCAAACAAGAGCCCCGCAAAGAGGAGCACGAUCAGAAAGAUGAAGCUGUUAAACCUCAGAUUCCUGAACCAGAGCCGCCCAAACAAGAGCCCCUCAAAGAGGAGCACGAUCAGAAAGAUGAAGCUGUUAAACCACAGAUUCCUGAACCAGAGCAACCUAAACAAGAGCCCCUCAAAGAGGAGCACGAUCAGAAAGCUGAAGCUGCAUCUCAGGGAGCCAAAGCACCACCAACAAAACCUAAGGCCCCAAAAUCCCAAGAGGCCAAAGCGAAGGCCAAAGCUCAGCCUAAAAAACAAGGUUCUGCAAAGAAGAAAGUUUCUGCUAAGGGGCCGAAUAAAAGCUAAGCAGAAAUGCUUAUGUUUUUCCUUUAAGAAAGUUUACUUCAAAGAUUAAUUCCUUGCUUACUGAGUGUAAUUUGUAAUACUUUCUCAAGUACCCUCAAAUAAACGUCUAAUGUUCCUAA